AUGGCUGAGCCAAACAUCGACAUCACUUUCGAUGAGGACAACCGCAUCCGGGUCAUGCCAAAGGAGAAGUUCAAGCAGACCGAGUCGCUAGAGGCAGAAUGCCACGGCUUCGCCGAGAAGAUCCAGGCCUUCAGUGGGACUGUGGACAUGCUGGUGGAGGUCCUGGAUGGGGAGGCGCAGAAGAUUGAGGAAGAGAAGCUUCGAGCCAUCGGUCAGCGAAACCGCAGCGGCCCAAGCUUCGAGUGA